UAAAAAUGCGUUGGCUAAUAUGAUGUCUCACAUCUGGUCACAUUAAUCAAACUAGGUGAGAAUAAAAUUGAUAGACGCGAAAAAAAUGUUAUAAAGAACGGUGUACUAUGCGACCUUAUAAAUACCUGAGAUUACAUACGGAAAAAUGGAAGCAAUGUCAAAAGUUUCUCUGAUAUUGUCUGUCUUGGGGUUGCUCAGCGUUGCUGCCGUCGCUUCAGGCGGGAGUAGCAGCCGGAGCUGCCUGGCCACCUUCAGCAACGAAUCUCAUCCGCAGCAGAAUCGGCCCGAUGAGGUCAGGCCGAGGACGAGAACUUGGCAAGAGCACGAGUUCUCGCUGUUGGGCUACAAGUUCCAUCUACCGUUCGUAGGACACGCCGUGGAUGCCGAUCAAGAGGACAGUGACAGCGAUGACGGUCUGUGGCUCGACGAUCUGUAUCCCGGAGCAGGAUUGGAGAGCAGGGAGGUGGAAGAGCACGAGCUAUGGUCCGAUACCAAUGCGGAUCUGUCCAACAAAGUGUUCAAGUUAAGCUGCGACCAUGUCAGCCUGGGAAUGGUCAAUGAGGAGCUUCGUUCUCAACGGAGUGUACAUAUUAACUACCAGAAGCUCCUCCUGGAUCACGUCUCUGCAAACUCUGGUGAUUCGCUCCAGCUGCCACAGUAUGAGAGCGUUCAGGAGUUUUCCUGGCUGGAGAGUGCUCUCAAAGAUGAACCUCUGAAGAAGCUACUUUCUUCUCAGCCGCACUGCUUCGAAAGUAUGCAGAAGGUGGAUGUGUCGGAGAAUCACUUGGAAUGUCUUCACUGGGCCAUUCCCCAAGCCAUGCGGCGCCUAAAAGUACUUAAGAUAAGCGGCAACCGGCUGGCCAACUGCAAUUUGAUUAAUUUGCAGAAUAUGAACCAUUUGGAGGAGCUGCAUCUGGACAGGAAUGGUCUGAAGACCUUGCCGCAACGCUUCCUAGUCGGGUUAAGCGAAUUGCGUCUUCUGAACAUCAGUCAUAAUCUCCUCUCCGAGCUGCCGCGAGACAUUUUCGCAGGAGCUCUGAAGCUAGAGCGUCUUCUGAUAUCCGGCAAUCGAUUGACCGUGUUGCCCUUCCAGCUGUUCCAAACGGCCGGCGACCUACAGGUCCUCGAUCUUAGCGACAACCGCCUGCUAUCCUUCCCGGACAACUUCUUCGCCCGCAACGGCCACCUCCGUCAGUUGCACUUGCAGCGCAACCAACUGAAGUCGCUCGGCAAACAGAGUCUCUACAACCUGCGCGAGCUGCGGCACCUGGAUCUCAGCCAGAACUCGCUGGCUAGCAUAGAUCGGAAGGCCUUUGAGUCCCUGGGCCGGUUGCUGGCUUUAAACAUAUCCGGCAACAACCUGACGAUGCUCUCCUCCACCAUAUUCCAGCCCCUGCAUUCCCUGAAGCAGCUGGAUCUGAGCAAGAAUAACUUCAGACAUCUGCCCAGUGGCCUGUUCCAAAUGCAGCGCUCCCUGAUAGUGCUGCGCAUCGAUGACACGCCCAUCGAGAAGUUCACCAACUGGAUAUCGCGGAACGACGAGUCACUGGUGGAUCCAGAGGUGCUGCACCGCCUGAAGUAUCUGUCGUUGCAGGGAAAUCCGCACUUAACUGCCCUACCACCCACAUUGUUCGCAAAUACUCCCAAUCUCAAGGAGCUGUGGUUGGCCAACAACGGCUUGUCGCAGCUGCCAGUCCAGAUCUCUGGGCUUUCGAAGCUACAGCGUCUCAGUGUUCGGGGAAAUCGUCUCGGAGCACUGCCCGAGGGACUCAAGGACUUGCGACAGUUGCACUACGUCAAUAUACUGGGCAAUGAGUACCAGUGCGACUGCAAGAUGUACUGGCUGACCGCUUGGCUGUCGAAUGCCAAUACCAGUCUGAGGCGUUUCCCUGCAAUCAUGAAUGCCAAGAAUCCCAAUUCCAGCCAAACGUCACAGGAGUCAUACGAAAGAAUUGACGAUCAAAUCGAUGCGCUCAGUUGCCAGUACGGCUAUCCGGGCGAUAUGCUGCAGGUUCUCAGCAAUCUCAACUGCUCAGUGCCCACGGUGGUGCAGUUCUCCGAGCCCAAGAUGCACAAGCUGCUCUCCACCGCCAAGCUGGAGUGUCAGAUAUCGGGCAGUCCUGUGCCAGACAUUAUUUGGGUUACUCCGAGGAACAAAAUACUGCGCCACCAUGCAGAUCCAGAUAAGAGACCCAUUAUCAUUGACAGCAAGGAGGAUCACCAGCCGCCAAGUGCGCAGGAACUGGCCGCCCUAAUGGAUGAGAGCUAUAUACAGUCGCUGAACCUCACACGUCAGCAGAAUCUUGUGGGCCAGCGUGUGGUUUUGGUGGAAAAUGGAUCGCUGCUGGUGCACAACAUAUCCAGAAUCGACAGUGGCCUGUACACGUGCUACGCCUUCAACGUGAUGGGCAAGGCCUCGGCCGGUUUGCGGCUAUACAUCGACCCGAUUGUGUUCUACCGGGUGAAGAUAGGCAGCAUUCUGUUCGGCACUGCUCUGGCUACCGCGUUUCUGUUGCUGACGCUCUUUGUGCAGGGCUUGAGGCGUUGUCUGUCCCAUUGGGGGAUCUGCGAUAAGUUUUAUUGCUGCGCCAAUCGGAAUAAAAAGUCGCCCAGGGCGCGACAGAUUUAUGCCAUGCUGGACAGCAUCGAGAGCUACAAGAGCCAGCAGCUGGAGAGAUUACGGGAGAACUAUGCCCAGCAGGUGCAUCGCAUUCGGGAGAACUGUGCCCAGCAGGUGGAGUGGAUCCAGAGCAGUUACACCACCCAAGCCAAACAUAUCCGAGAGUUCCGCGACAUGGGCUCCAAUCACUUGACCGCCCUGAAAGACCAGUACUACGAUCAAGUGAAGAAGGUGCGCGACUACUCUACCGGCCAGCUGAGCUGGGUGCGCGAGAACUACGUCUUCCAGCGCAAUAAGAUAAGGAAGUUCAGUGCCCACCAAGUGUUGCGUCUACGCGAGGGAUACAAAUACCAGCAGCAGACGCUAAACAAGGUGCUGGAGAACUUGCCAAGCUUUUACUUUGAGAACUGUCGGGGACGGUGCGAAGAGGACAUUGUCGAAGACAUAGACUGCUACUUUAAAGGCCACAUGGACUUUGCCGGCUCCAAGGAGCUGAACAUCCAAAAAAUAAAGGCUCGCCUAUCUGCCAAUUACUCGGCCAGCAAGGCGUCCAUCUACUAUACUCCGCCGGACGAGGACCUGCUCCGCUGCUCGAACCUCAACCUGCAGACCUCACCCAUUCACAUCAACUACAUCGAUGAGAAUCUUGACCAGCAGAAGCAGCUGGAGCAUGACUUCAAGAUGGACCCGCAUCUGCUGCUGUACAACACGCCCCAGCUCUAUCUGAACCCGGAGGGAGCGAGCAGCAGUGGCCAGGCGGCGGCCAUGGCCGCGGUCUUGGCACUGACCCAAGGUGUCAGCAUUGAGGACAACAACCAGGAGCAGGAAAUGCAGCCCCUGCGGGAUAUUGCUAGUCUAUUGGAACUGCCAGAACUGAAGGACUCGAACGAUGUGAAGAACUCAAAGUCGUGUCCUGCCAUUUACAAGGUGUCGAAGCGGAAAGAUGGCAGCACUCUGCACGAGCUGCAGCGGGAGGGCGAGGAGCCGUACCAAAUGUUGCGUCUUAAUCCCGUGGAGACAACAGCGGGACUGGAAGUGCCGAAGGAGCGGUCAGAUAAGAUGAAUAUCGUUCUAGAUGAUUGCGGAUCGACGAACGAAACACCCCCAUCCGCUUCCAGUUGCGACUCCAACAGCUUAGCUGACAGUUGCGGCAGUAUCUGUCGGAUUAACGAAAUGGCGAACGGCUCAUCCUCAAUUCCUAUUCCUUCCCUUCCUGCCCAUUCUGUCCCCGAGAAAACAUAGUUUUUUUUUAUUUAAACUAAUAGAGUAUAUUAAUUGUAAAGAUGUAAGCAAAUCAAACGCAACUGGAAAUUAAAUCUGAUUAUGAUAAUGGUAAGAGAUCAAAAAUAGUUACGGUUAGUGUUAAUUAGAAAAAAAAACAAUUGAACGAAAGUGCUGAACGCUUGGGUAUAGACUACUGGAGAGCCAGCCUUGCCCGCAAUAAGCUGACAAGAAUUUAAAAUCGAAGUUUUCCCACCCCUCGAUUCUAUCGCUAAGGUAUCACGUCAAUAAUGUUUGAAAAGAAAUCCCCCUUUCCGUCGCCAGCACUCCCACAUAGCAACCGAUGUAAGUCUCAGUAUGUAUUUCUUGUAUUUCUUGAACAAAAAUUUAUUGACAUGCUUCUUGGCUGAAGAAACAUGGCAGAAAACUAGAAAUAAAAGUUCGUAGAAUUAAA